GUUUUGCCCGCGAGGAUCGGCCGUGCUGUGCGCGCCGGCCUUUCCCCCUCCCACCUCCCCCUGCUGGUCGGCAGGGCAUCCGUACCCAUUUGCCUCGAGCAUCGGGCGGCGCCCGAUCCAGCAGCUGCAGCCGUUUCGUGGCCAUGGCAUCUGCAGCCACCGCAAGGCAUCUCGCCUCUGUCAGGGCCUUGGCCCUGUCGGCGCAGGCGGGGGGCAGUGAUGGCGGUGGCGAGGGUCGAGCGACGGCGCCAGGAUCCGCGCUGGCGCGCGCCCGGGCUGCCGCGACUGCGUCAGAAGUGAGCGCUCGCAGGGCCGAGCUGGAAGGCGCUGGUGAGGGCCCGGCGGCCUGUCAGCCUGGCGUCGCGUCUCGCUUGCAGGCGUCCGCGCUCGCCAGGAGGCAGCAGGCCUUGGCGGAGCGCGGCGCUCGGGGGCGGCACCUCCCCGCGACGGGGCGCAACUCCUCUGCGGGCGUGGAUGGCCCGGCAGAGGGCGAGUCGGGAUCGGAGUCGAGCGACGACGACGCGUCCAUCGUCUCUGCGGCGGUCCCCGAGCAGGUCGCGCGCAGGAAAGGCUGCCCUGCGCCCAGCUGGAAGCGCAGGAAGGUACGCGGCGCCCGCGCUCCGGGAGGGGGCGGCGAGGGCGACGGGCACCCUUGGCACGACCUGGCUCCUGCGCAGCGGCCGUGCAGGAAGGGCGCGGCCAAGGGGUUGGACGCCUUUGCCGAAGAUGCCAACGCCGUGGAGGCGUUGAGGCCCGCCCGCUUCGCGAAGACAAGCAGAGAUUCGCAUAGGUCCCGACUCCAAUGGUGGUACGACCGCUGCAGUGCGCGGAAGCUCGCCCCGUUCCCACUAAGUGCGGAGUUGGUGGAGCUCGCGGGGGCGCUCUUGAGGCGCGGCUGCUACCGGAGUGGGGCCGCCUACAUAUCGGCGAUGAAGCGCCAGCACGUCCUGUUGGGGAGCCCGUGGACGGACCAGUUGAAACUGGCCUGCAGCGAUGCGGUCCGGUCGCUGGAGAGGGGCAUGGGCCCGGCACGGCAGGCGGACCCAUUGCCCAUCGAUCGGUUGCGAAGUCAAGGCGCUUUGGACCAAAUUUCGCGCGGGAGCCGGGAUGCAUGGCCAGCGGCGGGCGUCGAUGUCAUGGUCGCGUCAGCAGCUUGGAUGUUGCGCGAGAUCGAGUCCUCCGCCGCGAUGGUCCAGCACAUUGUCUUCUUCGACCCCAUGGGCGAGGAGGAGGGGCCAUGCGGCUGCGCGGAGUGGCUGUUGCCCGCCUCCAAAGCAGACGUGCGGGCGCUUGGAAAGAAGCGCUGCCUUGGCUGUGCGUGCCCUGCGCCCCUAUGCCCGGUGGCAGCCCUGCGCCGCGUGGUCGGCGCCUCCUUGGAUGCCAGGGCCAAGGCGCGGCGCGACGAGCAAGGGCGCUGCUGGCUGGGUGGCCGGUGGAUUCUCGAAGAGCAGUGGCCCCUCAUCGUGGACGGGUUCGGGCAGCCCGUGUCCAAGGACAGCACUGUCAAGUUCUAUCGUGAGGUGGUGGAGCUAAUGGGCGUCGACGACUUGCACAUCACGGGCCACUCUGCGCGGGUGGCGGGGGCGCAGCGCAUGGCCGCGGUCUACCCGAUUUCCGUGGUGCAGAUCUUUGGGAGGUGGGGGAGCUCGGCGGUGCUGCGGUACGUGAGGGACGCCGCCCUCGGCUCCCGAGGUGGCGGCAUCUCCCGGCGCGUGGAAGAACCAGACGGGCUUGUACUCGACGACGUCCACGACAGGCUGUUGCAGGAAGCGGGCAAGAUGGCCAAGAUCAUGGGAGGCGUCUCCCAGCAGAGCGUGAAGUCCAUCGUCGAGUGCCACGUCGGCGCCCUCUCGGAGGAGCUGCUCCCCAGGCUCCUGGCCGAGAUCACCCCGGCCGCGGAGGCAGCGGAGCGCACCUUGAAGACAUUGCGGGAGGACGUUGCACUCUUGCAGGGAGAUGUGGCGGUGCUGGCGGGGCAGGGCCCCCCCACGUACGUCCAGUGCGUCGACGGCAAGCUGCACGUGGCUGCGAGCGUGGCCUCCACGCACUGCGGCUGGAACUGGGCCAUCUGUGGCGGCGUGCCAGCGACUUCAUCGACGUGGGCUGCAACUCCAGUGCACCAGAGAUGCCGUAAGUGUAGCAAGUUUGGGAACGCCACCGUGGCGUAAGCGGGGGGUAUUCGGUAGGGCCUUGGUGCCCGGUUCUGGGGGUUGGCGGUGUGCGCCUCCCCUUGGGGCCGCCGGCGGACGUGGCGCCGCCGCUACCGGCUUACCUCUUUGCUCCCUCUGGAACGGCGCGACCCCGUGGUGGGCGCGGAGCCGGGCCCAAAGAGGGGGAGCGCGCGGUGGCGCACACUCCCAAUCCGCAGUUUAUGAGACAAUGUAGAUUGCACCAGGAUGUUAUGUAGCAAAAGGUGCUGGUUACAUCAUCGUCCGUCCUCGGCCUCCGUGUCAUCGCAUUUUGGGGCCGGAAUUCGUGACAUUUUUUCGUUGCGUCUGAGGCUCCUCCCCUGCACCCUCCCCUCCCCGUAGCCUUUUCCUUGGGCGGUGCAGCUGAUGCGCCGGUGUGGUGAAGCACGCGCGUGUGCGCAGUCACAGCGAAGCCCUGCUGCGGGUGGGGGUGAGUGGGAGGAGGGGUUGCAGGGAUGUGUGAAGAGUGCAGCCUCUCUGCCCCAGAAUGCACGGAUGGACCGGUACACCGAAAAUGUGCGGAUCCGCGGGGAAACGCCCAGGUGACCGGAAAACGGUUCCCUGUGUUCUUGUGCUUUUGGCAGUGCUAACCUACUCAUGCUUCAGUGCCAGUUGAACGCGAGUAGGGCAGCAUAGAGUAGCAGCAUGCGGACCGGCAGCAUGAUGCAUAGCACGGUCCGUUGACAUUUUGGCUCUAGGACAGGUGUGUGGUCGCACGCUUGUCCCGCCCAGCCCGCCCUGUGAGGUGAGGAUUUCUUGGGCAAGCCACCAAAGGGGGGGGUAUUCGGUAGGGCCUUGGUGCCCGGUUCUGGGGGUUGGCGGUGUGCGCCUCCCCUUGGGGCCGCCGGCGGACGUGGCGCCGCCGCUACCGGCUUACCUCUUUGCUCCCUCUGGAACGGCGCGACCCCGUGGUGGGCGCGGAGCCGGGCCCAAAGAGGGGGAGCGCGCGGUGGCGCACACUCCCAAUCCGCAGUUUAUGAGACAAUGUAGAUUGCACCAGGAUGUUAUGUAGCAAAAGGUGCUGGUUACAUCAUCGUCCGUCCUCGGCCUCCGUGUCAUCGCAUUUUGGGGCCGGAAUUCGUGACAUUUUUUCGUUGCGUCUGAGGCUCCUCCCCUGCACCCUCCCCUCCCCGUAGCCUUUUCCUUGGGCGGUGCAGCUGAUGCGCCGGUGUG